AUCGCUGGGGCUGGGGUGCCGCUGCUGUCUCCCCCUAUAGUAUUUGGCGCCAGGUGUCAGCCUUGGACCGAGGAGCCGGCGGCGGCCGUGUUCUCUGUGGUGGCCAUGGGGCGCGGCGGGAGGCGAGUGUCGCCUCAUCUGUCCGGCGGCACAGGGCUGCUGUCGGAGCCGUUCCCCAGGGAAAUGGGGCGACUGAGGGAAGUCUGGCAGGACCCGCUCCCUCUGACCGCUGUGGUGCCCCAGUCGCGCUGGGCGAAGGGUGCCUGAGGGGGCCGGGCGGGUGUCGGGGCAGUGGGGUGGUUACCGGCACUGAGGACGAUGGGACCUCAGGACCCGCUCCGCUGAAGGGGUGCGAUGAAGCCUUCAUCAGCGCGGGAGAUAGGGAAAGUGCUAAAAGAAUUAGAUUACUGAAUUCAUCAUCAAAAGAUAACACGACUGCUUUCUAUGGAAUAAAUCAGUUUUCUCACCUGUUUCCUGAAGAGUUCAAAGCUAUUUACUUAAGAAGCAUACCUCACAAACUUCCCAGAUACAUAAAAGUACCAAAGGGAAAGGAAAAACCUUUGCCAAAGAAGUUUGACUGGAGGGACAAGAAAGUCAUUGCAGAAGUGAGAAAUCAGCAAACAUGUGGAGGCUGCUGGGCUUUCAGCGUUGUGGGUGGUAUAGAGUCUGCCUAUGCAAUUAAAAGAAGUAAACUGGAAGAACUCAGCGUCCAGCAGGUUAUUGACUGCUCCUACAAUAAUUACGGCUGCAGCGGGGGAUCCACUGUCAGUGCUCUGAACUGGCUGAACCAGACAAAAGUAAAACUCGUGAGAGACUCGGAAUACACUUUUAAGGCUCAGACGGGACUGUGCCAUUAUUUUGGUCACUCAGAUUUUGGCGUUUCAAUAACAGGAUUUGCUGCAUAUGACUUCAGCGGUCAGGAGGAAGAAAUGAUGAGGAUGCUCGUUAACUGGGGCCCUUUGGCAGUGACAGUGGAUGCAGUGAGCUGGCAGGAUUACCUUGGUGGGAUCAUACAGUACCACUGCUCCAGUGGAAGAGCAAAUCACGCUGUUCUCAUCACUGGUUUUGACACAACGGGUAAUAUUCCUUACUGGAUUGUGCAGAACUCUUGGGGGCCUACAUGGGGAAUCGAUGGCUACGUUCGUGUUAAGAUAGGCAGCAAUGUCUGUGGUAUAGCAGAUACAGUUUCAUCAGUAUUUGUUUGACACUGGCCAAAGACCACGAUUAUC